AGGUGUCCUGGCCAGCAGCCAAGCAGCAGUGGUGUUGCAGGAACUUUGCCAUGGGUUGCAGCAGUGAGCAGAAAUAUGACUGCGAUGCAGGCUUUUGGAAUUGGCAGGUUGGAUGGACGGCCGAGAAGAAGGCGUUCUGCUGCAAGGAGAAGAAUCGGGGCUGCGAGGCUGAGGUCCAUGUGGAGCACCACCUUUGUGCCGGCCACGAAGAAGAAUGGUCUCAAUGCCCUGACCAACCGAGGUGCAUUGAGUGCACGCCUGUUGACUGCCUCUUCAGUCAAUGGACAAAGUGGAUUGAGGGAGCUGAUUGCAUUGGUCUUAGAUUUCGACAUCGUAGUAUCCAGGUAGAGAACAACGAAUGUGGAUUGCCUUGCUUUGGGACCAAGAUGGAAUCCGAGCCACUUCCGCACCUACGCUCCAAGUGUCUCUUGCUGAAGCAGGAUUGUGUCUUCUCCUCUUGGUCACAGUGGAGUGUGUGCGAAAAUCAGGUGGAUCAGGCCGUCCGUUCCCGACACAUCGACAAGGACUCCUUGAAUGGAGGUGAGGCUUGUAAAGGCCGCAUCAAGGAGACCAGGCCCUGUGGCGGCCCUGAGGCUCGACCAUGCAUUUUCUCGGAAUGGCACCAAUGGACCUCAUGCUCCACUACUUGCGGUGAGGGCUAUCAGUCGCGAAUGCGCCGGGUAGCCUCUGAGGACUAUUUGAGUGGCCAGACCUGUGACGAUGCGUUACUCGACACCCGAUCCUGCAACGACCAAGCGUGUCCAACUCGAGACAGUCAAAUCAGCCACUGGUCCACAUGGUCACCAUGUUCAGGGAACUCUCUCCAAAGGACAAGGAGGAGAGAAGUCUUGGUGAGCCCGGAGGGCGUGGGAAUGGGAUUCAAUGUGUCCCUGGUCGAGGCCGGAAGAUGUUCACCACCGGAGGGGGAGGAUUGCAUGAUCUCAGAGUGGUCCAGUUGGACACAAUGUGACAAGUCGUGUCACGGUGGACAAUCGUAUCGUCACCGGCGCUUGGUGCACUACAAUAUCAAUGGUGGCCAAUGCCCGAUUGCAUCCCUUCAGGAAGUCACGGCUUGCAACACCCAGCCAUGCAAUGGCGAGACAAGGAAAUGCGAAUGGCAAGCUUGGCAAGAAUGGGGUCAAUGCUCGAAUGAGCGGGGUGCUGGAUUGGCUCAACGCAAGCGUG